ACUCGUUAGCUUCGUAAAAGUCCCUGCUGCUAGAUCGCCGAUCACUAGGGAAGGCAGAGUUAAAGGAGUCUUUGGCUAGGUAACAAGAGCUAAUGUUACUGUCUUCUGAAUACAUUUGAAGAUAAUCAUUUGAUUAGAAGAGAGCUCAUUUUCUACAUUGCCUGUGUGUUAGGUUUUUUUUAGCAGCAUUUACCUCGAAAGGAGCUGCAGACUACGCCUUCUUCAAGUUGACUCGAGUUGCCAGAGGUAAAUGAACGAUGUUUCAGAUAAAGAAGGUUUGUUGCAUUGGGGCCGGCUAUGUCGGGGGUCCCACAUGCACUGUGAUCGCACAAAUGUGUCCCGAGAUCACAGUCACUGUGGUGGAUAUCAAUGAGUCUAGGAUCAACGCUUGGAACUCGGAUACGCUGCCCAUAUAUGAGCCGGGUCUGAAGGAGGUGGUGGAGUCGUGCAGAGGGCGGAAUCUCUUCUUCUCCACGGACAUCGACACGGCCAUCAAGGAAGCCGACCUAGUAUUUAUUUCUGUGAACACGCCCACAAAGACCUACGGCAUGGGCAAGGGCCGGGCGGCCGACCUCAAGUACAUCGAGGCCUGCGCCCGCCGCAUCGUGGAGAUGUCCGACGGCUACAAGAUCGUGACGGAGAAGAGCACGGUGCCGGUGCGCGCGGCCGAGAGCAUCCGCCGCAUCUUCGACGCCAACACCAAGCCCAGCCUCAACCUGCAGGUGCUGUCCAACCCGGAGUUCCUGGCGGAGGGCACGGCGGUGCGGGACCUGAAGGAGCCGGACCGCGUCCUGAUUGGCGGGGACGAGACGGCAGAGGGCCAGAGGGCCAUCCGAGCGCUGUGCGCCGUCUACGAGCGCUGGGUGCCCAAGGAGCGCAUCAUCACCACCAACACCUGGUCCUCGGAGCUCUCCAAACUGGCGGCCAACGCGUUCCUGGCCCAGCGAAUCAGCAGCAUCAACAGCAUCAGCGCCCUGUGCGAGGCCACCGGGGCCGACGUGGAGGAGGUGGCCAAAGCCAUCGGCAUGGACCAGAGGAUAGGCAGCAAGUUCCUGAAGGCCAGUAUCGGCUUCGGAGGAAGUUGUUUCCAGAAGGACGUGUUAAAUCUCGUUUACCUGUGUGAAGCGCUCAACCUCCCGGAGGUGGCCUCCUACUGGCAGCAGGUGAUUGAUAUGAACGAGUACCAGAGGCGGCGUUUUGCCUGCAGGAUCAUAGACUGUCUCUUCAACACAGUCACAGGCAAAAAGAUCGCUCUCCUCGGCUUCUCCUUCAAGAAAGACACCGGGGACACCAGGGAGUCUUCCAGCAUCUACAUCUCAAAGUACCUGAUGGAGGAGGGGGCCAAGCUGCACAUUUAUGACCCUCAAGUCCUGAAGGAGCAAAUCAUCCUCGACCUCUCCCAGCCCCACAUCUCAGGGGACAGCCCCCAAAGAGUGGACGAGCUGGUCACCGUUACCAAAGACCCCUAUGAGGCCUGCCAGGGGGCCCACGCGCUAGUGAUCUGCACCGAGUGGGACAUGUUCAGGGAACUGGACUAUGAAAAGAUCUACAAGCAGAUGCUGAAGCCCGCCUUCCUGUUCGACGGCCGCAGAGUGUUGGACCACCUCCACGGGCAUCUACAGAACAUCGGCUUCCAGAUUGAGACCAUCGGUAAAAAGGUGACGACGCUGCGGAUUCCUUACACCCCUGCGGCAGUGACGGAGCCCCCGGCCAAGAAAACCAAAGCUUGAACCUUUCUCAGAGACACACAAACACACAGACACACACACACAGACACACACACAUUCCGACACACGCAUUCCGUUCGCACACAUCCUGCAGCUGGUUCUAAUCAUUUCAAUAACGAUUAUAACCCAUUUCUUGUCGCUACUUGCCGAUAGCUGCUACGUGAUGAAGCGGUUGAUUGGCUAGGCGGCCAGAGGUCCAGAAGUCCAGUGAACGGUUAGGGAUGAUGUCUAAGGGAGUGGAUUGAUUAAACCUAUGAGCCAGUGUCCCCGAUGGAACCAAAUCGAAUGCAGUACGUUGCACCGAAAUGUUUGACAAUUAUAUGUAAACUAUAUUUUUAUGUAUUUACUAUGUAAUGUUGAAUCAGCAUUUUUAAUAGAGCUUAAACAUUUUUAUACAUAUUAAGCAUUUUUAUAAAUCAUCCUCUUCUGUACAUGGGUCUGAGAGUAAGAAUAUGUCUGCAAUCUUUUUUUAGCCAAAUGGACCAAUGAAAUAAAACUGUCCUGUGCUUCUGUGACAUUGUGUAUUAAUGCAACGACCACGUCAUCAUUAAAACAAAAGCCCAGGAAAAGCAGAUGGAGAAGAUAAACGUUUGAAUCAUUUUAUUGCACAAUAAGUUAUUACAAAGGUUCAGUCACUAGUAAUAUAUCUUCUGAGUGUUUGUUCUUUUUUAUAAUUGGAUGAGUCCCUAAAACUUUCAUUUUGAUUACAUCUUCCGGAUAACCAUCAAUGGUUCUCUCUCCCUGGGGGUCAAUAGUGCCCUGAAGAGAGGGCGAGGUCCAGAGAAUGAUCUGGAAGAGAGCAUCCUGAGGCCUGAGUUUGUUUGACCUCUGACCUGGGAAUGGUUACAGGGUACACAGCCUCAAUAAGACACUGACCAGAUUCAUCAGUGGAUUCCAUCUCACGCCCCCUAUUAUAAUAUCGGGAGGCCCGGGUAGUGAAAAAUCGAUAUGUUGUAGGUUUUUCCCUCUAUUUGUAUGUUUGCUUCCUCAUGUUGUGUCAUUUGGCCCCACUGCAUGUCUUACCACGUAGCCUGGACUGAACUUAACAAAGGGGGGGGGGGGGUCAGUCCCUGCUGGUUCUACCUCCAC